AUGGACGGACAACAACAGCAGCAGUCAAACAUUUCGGUAGGAUUGCCGACAUCAUCAGCCGAGGCCAUCGAUUAUAAAAUGAUGACUACGACCAGUACGUUCAUCAUCGGUGCCGAUUCAUUGCAUAUUAAUAAAGAGCUCGGCGUCGGCGAGUUUGGUGUCGUCCAACAGGGUGUAUGGUGUUCGCCAGAAAGCAAACGAAUACAAGUGGCCAUCAAAUGCCUAUCGAGUCAGCGAUUCGAUACAUCCCGCCUGGAGUUCCUCAAAGAGGCCCGAAUUAUGCACAACAUAUCGCACGAACACAUCGUUCGCCUGUACGGCGUCGUACUGGAACCGUCCCUAAUGUUGGUCACUGAAUUGGCACUGUUGCGGUCGCUACUCGAGUGUCUGAAAGACCCGUCACUCGUUUGCCAGUUCCCAGUGAUAACAUUGUGCAAUUUUGCUGCACAAAUUGCCGACGGUAUGUCCUAUCUGGAACAUCAAUGCCUGAUUCAUCGGGAUUUGGCCGCAAGAAACAUACUAAUUUUCGGCACAAAUAUGAUUAAAAUAUCAGACAUUGGUCUCUCGGCAGCAUUAUGUGUUAAUAAUAAUUAUUAUUAUAAUAAUAUGGCAUGGAUUGCAACAGAAGUAUCUGUAUUUUUUAAAUUUACAUCAAUGUCCGAUUGUUGGGCAUACGGUGUCUGCCUGUGGGAAAUGUUUUCGUACGGUUUUCAACCGUGGGCUGACCUAACCGGCCAGCAAAUACUUGAGGCCAUAGACGAACCCAGCUAUCAGCGCCUCGAACAGCCCGAGUGCUGUCCGCGGAAAUACUAUGCACUGAUGCUCAGGUGUUGGCAACAUGAACCAACCGCAAGACCACGGUUUGCCGAAAUUGUAUCGAUUUUACCCGAUUGUCUACCCGUAUUGGUUCAGGCGGUCAAGAUUUGUGAGAGCAGUACCGGCGACGGCGGUGCAGCUACUGCUGGAGACUACAAUACCACCGGUACUACUAGUAAUUCAAACGUAUCGACUAAAGUGCUAUUAGACUAUAAAAUCGGUGAUAUUAUUACGGUUUUAGAUAAAAGCGUCCUAAACAAUGGUAAAACCGGUUAUUUUAAUCCAAGCGAUAGUAUCUCUGAUUGUGUUGUGGAAGUGGUCGACUCAGACCAAAAUGUUUGUCAAGAAAUGUUAGCAUUGCUUUGGUUGGUCUGUCGUAUGCGAACUGUGCCGCCGGUGUCGACACCGACUUCAUGA